UCUCAGCCUCAUCUUUUUAUUCUAAAAAGAAGAAGAAGAAGAAGAAGCAAUUCCAUUGCCUGUGGUGGCUUCAGAAAUUCAAAAGCAUCAAGGGGAAGGGGAAGGAUUGAAGACAUAAACUAAAGGUGAAUUGGCAGAGCAAAGAUGGGCAAGUUAUGUGGUGGGAGCAAUAACCUUAUGGCAGCAGCUCCGGCGGCUGUAGCAUCAUUCCAUCCUCAAUUCAACCCACCCACACAUAAAAACUGCACUGAAACUAAGCCAAGAACUGUUAGGGUAUUUGCUGCAAAAUCUGGUGGAUUUUCCUUUAACUCGAUUCUUAAAGGGUGUAAAACUUGUGGAGGUAAAGGUGCAAUAGAAUGUCCAGGCUGCAAGGGCUCAGGAAAAAAUAAAAAGAAUGGGAACAUAUUCGAGCGUUGGAAAUGCUACGACUGUCAAGGUUUUGGGUUAAAGAGUUGCCCAAAUUGUGGGCGAGGAGGGCUCACACCAGAACAAAGAGGAGAACGAUAGAUGUAUUUUAUUUAUAUAUGCGUAAUGUAAUAAAUAAAAAAUUAAGUUAUUAGUUAUUUUUCAUGAAAGAAAAAAGUGGAGAAUAUCACAUAAUUUGCUGUUC